CAGAGAUACCCCAGAGAGAUGUCCCCGUCCUCUGUAUUCCCAGGAUUGUACAGAGGAGAAUCACAGGAUCCCACAGGAGGAUCAGGUGCAACGUCUGUCUGAUAUUAAAACAGAAGAUAUAAAGGGAGAGGAAGAGACGUAUGUGACUGAUAUAAAGGCAGAAGAUACAGAGGGAGAAGAAGAGACUUAUGUGAGUGAUAUAAAGGCAGAAGAUACAGAGGGAGAAGAAGAUACGUAUGUGACUGAUAUGAAGGCAGAAGAUACAGAGGGAGAAGAAGAGACGUAUGUGACUGAUAUAAAGGCAGAAGAUAUAGAGGGAGUAGAAGAGACGUAUGUGACUGAUAUAAAGGCAGAAGAUAUAGAGGGAGUAGAAGAGACGUAUGUGACUGAUAUAAAGGCAGAAGAUAUAGAGGGAGAAGAAGAGACGUAUGUGACUGAUAUAAAGGCAGAAGAUAUAGCGGGAGAAGAAGAGACGUAUGUGACUGAUAUAAAGGCAGAAGAUAUAGAGGGAGAAGAAGAGACGUAUGUGACUGAUAUAAAGGGAGAAGAAGAGAUGUAUGUGAGGGGUGAUCAGCAGUGUAAGGAGGAGGAGAUCCCUACAGAUAUCAGCACAGGUGAGUAA